ACGUUAGAAGAGAGGAAAACAGUGUGCUCCUUAUCAUGUCAAUGCUUCAGUGUAUAUUUAGGACUAAAUUAUAAUAACCUGCAUGGCAGUCUGGUUGUCUGUUGUUAAGAAACAAUGUUGAAGUUAAAAUACGCGAGUCAAGGAAGCCUGAAAACGAUGAUGUCUUCUGCGGACCCCAUCACCAGCCGCAGCUCCAGGCUCAACCAAUUAUUUCAGGGCCGAGUCAGCCUGUGUGGGCCGCAGGGAAGAGGCACUUUAGGUCGGGAGGAGUUUCUGGAGGCUCUGCUGCUUCUCUACCAGGAGUGCAUGUCCCCAGAGCUUAUGAAGAUACAUCAUGUGGCAAACUUUGUCAAAAAGUUUUCUGAAGUGGUCUCCGAGCUGCGGAACAUGCAGCCUGGUCCUGCUGACUUUGAAGUGUGUGCAGUGGUGGGCCGUGGUCACUUCGCUGAAGUCCAAGUGGUCCGAGAGAAGGCAACUGGGGAUGUUUGUGUACUGAAGGUCAUGGAGAAGGCCGUUUUACGCACUCAAGAAAAUGUGGUUUUUCACGAGGAGGAGCGGAGGGUCUUGGCUCUGAACAGCAGUCCCUGGAUCCCGCAGCUUCUGUACGCCUUCCAGGAUACAGAACGGGUCUACCUGGCGAUGGAGUAUUUGCCAGGCGGUGACCUGAUGUCCCUGCUUAACCGAUACGAAGAUCAGUUUGAUGAGUCCAUGGCUCAGUUCUAUUUGGCUGAGCUGGUAGAAGCCAUUCACGCCGUCCAUCAGCUGGGCUAUGUGCACAGAGACGUCAAACCGGAGAACGUUCUCAUCGAUCGGACCGGUCACAUUAAGCUGGCAGACUUUGGAUCAGCUUCCAGGCUCAAUGCUAACAAAACCGUUGAAACUCCCACAGUGAAUGUUGGGAACCAGGACUUCAUCUCCCCGGAGGUCCUGGCAUCCAUGAAUGGCGGCUCAAACAGCACCUAUGGUGUCGAGUGUGACUGGUGGUCCCUCGGGGUCAUAGCUUAUGAGAUGAUCUACACCAGGUCGCCUUUUUCUGGGGACUCUUCUGCCAAGACAAUCCAAAACAUCGUCAACUUUCAGCAUUCCCUUAAGUUUCCAGAGGAGCCUCGGGCCAGCAAGCAGUUUGUAGACCUGCUGCAGAGCUUGCUUUGUGGAUCCAAACAGAGACUGGGUUUCCAGGGACUCCGCUGUCACUCUUUCUUCUCCAGUGUCGACUGGAACCACUUACGACAAGUUCUCCCGCCUUUCGUUCCUGCGUUGCACGCUGAAGAUGACACCUCUAAUUUUGAGGAGCCGGAGCAGGCAGCCCCCCGGCCAGCCCCAGCAGCCCAGCAAGGAGCUCUGCCAGCGGGCUUCCAGGGCCAGGAUCUGCCCUUUCUAGGCUGGUUCUUCAGCAGAGCGUUGACAACAUUGGCCAAAACUGAGUCAGUGUCUGCAGGCCUCAACUCUCCUGCCAAGACCAACUCUAUGGAAAAGAAGCUACAUCUUAAAAGCAAAGAAUUACAAGAUACUCAAGACAAAUGUCACAAUAUGGAUCAGGAGAUCUCCAGGUUUCAGCGUAAAAUGACUGACCUGGAGUCAGUGCUCCACGAGAAGGAUGUGGAGCUCAAGGCCUCCGAGACUCAAAGGGGCAUCCUGGAGCAAGACCUCGCCACUUACAUCACUGAGUGCAGUAGCCUGAAGCGGAGCUUGGAGGAGGCGCGUGUGGAGGUCUCCAGAGAGGAUGACAAGGCCUUGCAGCUGCUGCACGACAUCCGUGAACAGAGCAACAAGCUGCAGGAAAUCAAAGAGCAAGAGUACCAUGCUCAGCUGGAGGAGAUGCAGGUCACCAUCCGGCAGCUGGAGGAGGACCUCUCCGCUGCCCGGCGCCGCAGCGACCUCUACGAAUCUGAACUCAGAGACUCCCGGCAAACAAGUGAGGACCUCAAGAGGAAAGCUGUGGAGUACCAGCAGAGGAUCCAGAAGGCUAAAGAGCAGGGCAAAACUGACGUGGAGGAGCUUCUCUCCAAACUAGAGAAGACCAAUUCUGAGCAGCAGGUGAACAUCCAGGAGCUCCAGGACAAACUGUCCAAGGCGGUGAAAGCGAGCACAGAAGCCACGGAGCUGCUGCAGAACGUCCGGCAGGCCAAAGAGCGGCUGGAACGAGACCUGGAGCGCAUGCGAGGCAAAACCGACUCUAGUGACACGUUAAAACGCCGCCUCAGAGAGACAGAGCAGGAGGGCAGGAAGACCCUGGAGAACCAGGUAAAGAGGCUGGAGAUGGUGGAGCGGCGGGAGAAUAAGCUGAAAGAUGACAUUCAGACCAAAUCCCAGCAGAUCCAGCAGAUGGCUGAAAAGAUCCUGGAGCUGGAGGACAACCUGAGGGAUGCUCAGUCCACAGCCCAGAGGAUGGAAACCCAACUGGUGCAGAAGGAGAGGCUUUAUGAGGACAAGAUCAAGGUUCUGGAGGCUCAGAUGAAGGACGACCUGGCCGACAAAGAGAGCCUGGAGGCCCAAAAAGCCCAGCAGCAGGAGGAGUCCAGAGAGAACUGCAAGAUGCUCAGUGAACAGAAAGCUACCAUUAAUGCUAUGGAUUCUAAGAUGAAGAACCUGGAGCAGCGCAUCUCUGAGCUGUCAGAGGCUAACAAGCUGGCCGCUAACAGCAGCAUCUACACCCAGAAGAAUAUGAAAGCCCAGGAGGAGAUGAUCUCAGAGCUUCGGCAGCAAAAGUUCUAUUUGGAGUCUCAGGCAGGCAAGCUGGAGGCCCAAAACGCCAAACUGGAGGAGCACCUGGACAAGAUGAGUCAGCAGGAGCAGACCAAGAGGACGCGGCUGCUGGAGCUGGAGAGCCGGCUGCGGGAGAUGGGCCUGGAACAUGAGGAAGAGAAGAUGGAGAUCAAGAGACAGGUUUCCGACCUGACCCUCUCCCUGCAGGAGCGCGAGUCCCAGAUCAGCAGCCUGCAGGCGGCUCGUCACGCCCUGGAGAGCCAGCUGCAGCAGGCCAAGACGGAGCUGGAGGACACCACCGCUGAGGCUGAGGAGGAGAUCACCGCCCUCAGGAAUCACAGAGAUGAAAUUCAGCGCAAGUUUGAGGCCUUGAGAGAAAGCUGCUCGGUGAUCACUGAACUGGAGGAGCAGCUCACGCAGCUGAGUCAGGAGAACGCAGAGUUGAACCGCCAGAACUUCUACCUGUCCAAACAGCUGGAUGAGGCGUCAGAUGAGAGGGAGGACCAGAUGCAGCUCAGCCAGGAGGUGGACCGGCUCAGGAGGGAGGUGGCUGACCGUGAGAUGCACCUCAACAACCAGAAACAGAACAUUGAAACACUGAAGACCACAUGCAGCAUGCUGGAGGAGCAGGUGGUGGAGCUGGAGUCCCUAAAUGACGAGUUGCUGGAGAAGGAGAGGCAGUGGGAGGCUUGGAGAGGAGCCCUGGAGGACGAGAAGAGCCAGGCCGAGAGACGCACCAGAGACCUGCAGAGACUGUUUGACAACGAGAAGCAGAAUAGGCUGCGUGCAGACCAGCGCAGCACUGAAUCUCGCCAGGCAGUGGAGCUGGCAGUCAAAGAGCACAACGCCGAGAUAGUGGCCUUACAGCAGGCCCUGAAGGAGCAGAGACUGAAGGCUGAGAGUCUGUCUGAUACUCUCAACGAUCUGGAGAAGAAGCACGCCAUGCUGGAGAUGAACGCCCGAGGCUUACAGCAGAAACUGGAGACGGAGAGAGAACUGAAACAGAGACUGAUGGAAGAGCAAGGGAAGCUUCAGCAGCAGAUGGACCUCCAGAAGAGCCACAUCUUCCGUCUGACCCAAGGCCUGCAGGACGCCCUGGACCAGACCGACAUGCUCAAGACUGAGAGGACCGAUCUGGAGUACCAGCUGGAGAAUAUACAGGCUGUCUACUCGCACGAGAAGGUGAAGAUGGAGGGGACCAUCUCCCAGCAGACCAAGCUCAUAGACUUUCUCCAGGCCAAGAUGGACCAGCCCACCAAGAAAAAGAAGGGUAUAUUCGGGCGGCGGCGGGAGGAUGUUGGCACGACGACCAACGGGGCUCUGACUCCACAGGCCCAGCCGGCUGUUCCCAUGCAGUACGGGGACAUGAAGCUGGCUCUGGAUAAGGAGCGCUCGAGAUGCGCUGAUCUGGAAGAGGCUCUGCAGAAGAUGAGGAUCGAGCUGCGAUGCCUCAGAGAAGAGGCGGCUCAUUUCAAAGCCCAGGAACAUGCGGCUCCCUCCACACCAGCGCAGGCUCGACAUCAAAUCCUCAUGUCAGCCAUCGUCAAAUCCCCGGAGCAUCAACCCAACCCCAGCAGCCUGCUCAACCCCUCCACCCGCAGCAAGGAGACCGCCACACCCGAAGAGUUUGGCCGACGCGUGAAAGAGAGAAUGCACCACAACAUCCCACACCGGUUCACCGUGGGCCUCAACAUGAGAGCUGCCAAGUGCACCGUCUGCCUGGACACCGUUCACUUCGGACGGCAGGCUGCCACUUGUCUAGAAUGUAACAUCCUGUGUCACCCUAAAUGCUCCCCAUGUCUCCCGGCCACCUGCGGUCUGCCGGCUGAGUAUGCCACUCACUUCUCAGAGGCGCUGUGCCGGGAAAAGGCCAACUCUCCUGCACUGCAGGUCAAAGAGGCCAGUGGCCAUGUUCGCUUGGAGGGAUGGAUGAAGCAGCCCAGAAAUGGAAAGCGUGGUCAGCAGGGCUGGGAGAGGAAAUACGUUGUGCUUGAUGGAACUAAAAUAUCUAUUUAUGAAACUGAGCCCAGAGAAGACUACAUCACAGUGGAGGAGGAGUUUGAGCUGUGUCUGCCUGACGGAGAGGUGACGGUUCAUGGAGCUGUCGGAGCCUCCGAGCUCAUCAACACUGCCAAGUCAGACAUACCGUAUGUGUUGAAGCUGGAGUCCCAUCCACACACCACCUGCUGGCCGGGCCAGUCCAUCUACUUCAUGGCUCCCAGCUUCCCUGACAAGCAGCGCUGGGUGGCUGUCCUGGAGUCUGUGGUGGCCGGCAGCCGGGGGUCUAAAGACAAAGUGGAUUCUGAUGCUAAACUUCUGGGCAACUCUCUACUGAAGCUGGAGGGUGAUGACCGUUUGGACAUCAACUGCACCCUGCCUCUCACUGACCAGAUCGUGCUGGUUGGCUCUGAGGAAGGUCUGUACGCUCUGAACGUCAUCAAGAACUCUCUGACCCACAUCCCCGGGCUGACUUCCGUUUUCCAGAUCCAGAUCCUGAAGGAGCUCGACAAGCUGCUGAUGAUCACUGGAGAGGACAGGGCUUUGUGUCUGGUGGAGAUCAAGAAGGUGAAGCAGUCUCUGUCUCAGUCCCACCUCCCGGCUCAACCCGACCUCAACCCCUUUAUCUUUGAGACGGUGAAGGGCUGCCACCUCUUCUCCUCUGGAAAGAUUGAUAAUGGGACCUGUAUCUGUGCUGCUAUGCCCAAUAAGAUUACAAUUCUGCGACUUAAUGAAAGCCUGAAUAAGUUCUGCAUCAGAAAGGAGAUUGAGACAUCAGAGCCCUGCAGCUGUAUCCACUCCACCGGCUACAGCAUCAUUAUCGGCACCAACAAGUUCUACGAAAUUGAGAUGAAGCAGUAUGUGCUGGAAGAGUUCCUGGAUAAAAACGACGUGACGUUGGCGUCAGCCGUCUUCGCCGCGUCCUCGCACAGCUUCCCCAUCUCCAUCAUCCAGGUCACCACGGCUCCACAGAAGGACGAGUACCUGCUCUGUUUCCAUGAGUUCGGUGUGUUUGUGGAUGCGUACGGUCGCAGGAGUAGAAGUGAAGACAUCAAAUGGAGCCGACUGCCUCUCUCAUUUGCCUACAGGGAACCCUACCUGUUUGUGACGUACUUCAACUCUCUGGAUGUUAUUGAGAUUCAAGGCCACGCUGCUCUGGGGCCUCACUCGUACGCUCACCUGGACAUCCCGAACCCCCGCUACCUUGGCCCGGCCAUCUCCUCCGGGGCCAUCUACCUGGCCUCCUCCUACCAGAACAAACUGCGGGUCAUCUGCUGCAAAGGCAACCUGAUCCAGAGCCAGGAGGGCGGGGGGGAGCUGCAGAGGAGCGGCUCCGGGCGCAGCCCUAACAAGCGCGGCCCCCCCUCCUACAAUGAGCACAUCUCUAAGAGGCUGGCAGGCAAUCCUCACGGAGACCCCGGGACCCCCCACCGCUACAGAGAGGCCCGCACAGAGUUCAGACGGGACAAGUCCCCGAGCCGCCCGCUGGAGAGAGAGAAGUCGCCCGGCCGGAUGCUGGAGAGCCGGAUAGUGGCGUCUCCGGGCCGGGGGGCCAUGGCGGACCCUCGGUUAGAGCGCUCCCCGGGCCGGGCCAUGGCGGACCCCCGCAUGGACCGCUCUCCUGGCCGCAUGAUGGACGUCCGCAGGGAGCGCUCCCCCGGACGGUUCGAAGAGCGCCAAAGGCUUCACACUGGCUCCGGUCGCACGCCCAUUAACCAGGUCAACAAGGUUUGGGACCAAUCAUCGGUUUGAGGACAGCGGAGCCACCCCUAACACGGACAGAGAAAAGCAUCUUCUGUAAAAAGGGAACGGAGAGAGCAGAGAACCAGUGCGAGUGUCACCAAUCCAUGAUGAAAAACACUACCACACGAGUUUUUACUGACAUCUAAGCCGACAACCCGCAGAGGAAAACAACUGUAGCCGUCGGAACAGCGAGAGAACCACAGAAAUAAAGAGAUGUCAUUAGAAUCGGGUUAUGUUUCUCACAGAGCUCACCCGAGUCAAUAAAGGUCAACAAAAUGCCAUAUUCAACAACAUCUUCAGUGUAUUUGAGUAUGCACCUGUAGAAGGGAUUAGUCAUUUUCACUAAAACUGGGAAAUGAGUUCUUCACUUCAGACCUGACUCAGUGGUAGUUCCAGUUUACUCCAGACAGCAGUGACAACAAUAAAUAAGCACAGCCGUAGCAACACAAAUCGAUGCCUAAAAUAUUUCAAAAGUCAGUCACUAGUGAAAAUGGCAGAAUAGUAGUAACACGACGUCCUCCUCUCAGCUCAGCUCCGUCCACAGUAGCAUCAGAUCGGGGCAGGAUAGUGUUUCUGGCUCCAGUGCUGCGCUGACAUGUCAACAAACAAUCAUUAUCAGCUGAUUACAAUCAAUCUGCUAAUCUGCCAAUGGUUACUUUAGGUGACAGGACUUGGCUGGAGCACAAAGAAAUAUCAAUACAAAUCAACAGAACCCUCCCUGCCCUGUAGAACCACACAAACACACCAUUGUCUGCCCUCACAUAGGUCGACUCAACACUAAAACAAACUGCACUACCCACAAUCCCCAGCAGGACUUUCUAAUCCUUCAGAACGCUAUCUGACUGUAAAUAGACGAGACAUAAUUUUAUAUAUAUUGAGAAGGAAUUUCAAGGCUGGAUAAGCCAUGUCUAUUUUUGUUAAAGAAAAACAAGUGAUUAUGUGUCCUCUUGAAUGUCCAAUGAGUAUUCUUUUAAUAUGUCCGAACAUCCUUUUACUAAGUGAGUGAUUGUAUCUGGAUCGUGUAUGCACUUCCAUCCGUCACAGGCAAAACCUCAGUGCUGAACUAUAUGACAGGAGGGGGAAAAGAUGACGUCUGAAGCUUUCAACAUAGUGCUUGAGCAUUUCUUUUUGUACCACGUCCCUAAUACUGUAUAUAACCCAAACGUGUUCAAGGUGGAUGAAAAUAAUAUUUGUUUUUCUCCUGGUUCGUAAAUGGCAUGGAUAUGUAUAUCUGAAAUGAAACGGAGUGUUGUCUUCUGCUUCUGCCUCAUUUGGGUUAUAUUUUUUAUUCUGAGAUUUAACAACGAAGCACGUGAAUUACAAAAUCUCCUUCUUCACGAGUAUAAACACUUCAAUUUUCUUUUAUUUAAGGCACUCUUUUGGCAACAGCCCAACCCAACAAAAACACUUAAAACCAUCCACUUGUAUUGUUAAACUGCUUAAACUUGACUUUUAUUUCUAUAGAUCAUCAUUUGAUCUAUAGAAAUACAACAUGUUUCCAGUAAUACAUACAGAUGAGAUGCCACACGUUAACUUGUCCAGUGAGUCUGUUAACAGCAGGGCCCUCAACAGGAGGUGUACUCAACUUUCUGGAUCAGCUUUGGUUCUUAUAAUAGGUUAAACUCUUCGUGAAUGUAUUAAAGUCGAGAAGGUUGGUCACAAUUGAUAAACAAAAAGCACCCUACGCUACAGAUUGCACAAGCUUUACACUGGUCUCUACGGGACUCUAUAAACAAAAGGGUUUCCCGUCUUGUUUUAUUAUAUUUUUCAAUAAUUUUUUUAUUUGUAUCUAAUCACAUGGUCCUGAAUCAUCAUGCCGUAAUAUGCUGGAUAUGAUAUUGAUGUCUGCUAACAAAUGUUUUAUUAGCGUUCCCUGUAGAGAUUUUGUCACAGAAUAUUAAAUAUUAUAACCAUUGUCUUUAA